AUGGCACCAAAGGAAGAUAAAGGCAAAGGCAAGGCCAAGGGAGAGCCACCCCAUGCAAAGACAUUGGCCGAGCUAAUCCGCGAGUGGUCUGCGGAGCAGGAGACCACGCCUGAUGUCCUGCUGGUCCCUUCAUCUAAGAAGGGCAAGGAAAAGGGGAAGUUCGAGCUUCCCAGCGAGAAGUCUUGGGGAAAGGGCCUUUCCCAACAGCUGCGCGAGCUCUCGGCGGAGAGUAGUGCGGCAUCCCCUGGUGGCCCUUUGUUUCCUGGAUUUGGCAAGAAGUGGUGGCAGGGGCCGGCUCCUUUGGUAGAGGGAGCGGUGAGUGGGGUGGUGUCACUGAGGGCAGAGGCGGGUGCACGACCAGAGGGCAGACAAGGCAAGACUCCUAAGGAAGAGGAGAGACCCAGGAGAGGGGUUUUUGAGGCUGUGGUGUUAACAGCCAAGAGAAAAGUGGCAAAAGCAGUGGGAAAAGUCCCAGAGCCUGCAUGCAAGCUUAGCGCACUCAAGGAUGAGUUCAUAGAGGCAGCGCGCCGCUGUGCCUUCUUGCAACACCGGAAGGAUAGGGAAGAGGUGUUGCAGAGGCAGUUGUCUUUGGCAAAGACUGAACAGGAGGUUACGCGAUCCUUGCCCGUACACAGUCCCAUGCAUCUGGAAGCUCUGGGGAAGUACCGUGGUCUCCAAGACCUUUCUCUGAAUAGGGCUUGGAGGAGUGGAAGGGCCCCAGCCUUCCCUCCUACUGAGUUCCAGAAGGAGAAAGCCCGGCAUGUGAAGAAAAAGGCUGCGGGCGUGGUGCGCGACGAGAUUGCGAAGCUCACCAAGCUCUUGGAGGAGGUGGUGACUGAUGAGGGGGAGGAGUUUGCAGAGAUGGUGAGGGAGGGUGAGGAAGAGGAGGAGGAAGAGGGGGAGAGUGAGGGGAAGGACAGCGAGGAUUUGGACAGUUGGGAUGAUCUGUUUGGCCCUUUUGGUGGAUUUGGUGGUGUGGGCGGCGCAGGUGGAUUUGGUGGUUUGGGUGGUGCUGGUAUUUCUGUAUAA